CGCGGAUUUUGAAAGCAGGAAUUUCCCUUUAGUACAGCUAAUAGUGACGCCAUCAAGCCGCGAUGUUUGUAACGUUAGCUAACGUUAACUGCAACUUCACAGUGGUGAGUGGUGUCACUCAAGCGUCUUUCCUCCAGAGGACUUUGGAGCGGUUAUCAUCCACACAGAGCUUGAAACUGAAAACUGAGGAGGCAGCUCCUGUCGCUGUCAUCGCACUUCAGAGAUACCUGUCCGAGCAAACAAAAGGGCAGCAGCUCGACAGCUACAGCUACGAUGUGACAGUCACAGAUGGAGUCUGGCGAGCUAAAUGCUUCCUUCACCCCAGUUUGAAUCAUCUGGUGCACAGCAACAGCCUAAAGACCGGGUCUGAAAUCAGCAUCACGCAGUGCUCCUUUGUUUACAACGAAAGGAGGCUGGGACAUGGCUACAUCUGCAUUGAACAGCUCAGAUGUGCUGCAAAAAGAUCUGCUGUGCUGGCUCGUGUAAACACUGUCAGUUCACUGCCCAUGCUGGUCAAGCAGGGAAUGGAGAGGAGCGUGGUCUUGCAAAGUGAUGUCCCCCUUCAGGUGAGCCGCAAACAUUACCUGUCACUUUGGAACAACGACGACCCAGAGGGCGACAUCUGGAUGUCAGGAUCCCCUUCAGCUGAUACUGUGCUGGACGUGUCCAAGGUUACACUGCUUUCUAGCCUGGACUCAUCCUUCAAAAACACGUGGAAACCCCUCCCUCUCCUGGUGAAAAUCAUACACAAAUCCAGGUUAAGGUAUUAUGGAAAGUUUGGCCUCAAGAUUGAUUACCCAUACCAGGCAUACUUUGAAGUUGCUGACCAGAGUGGCACAAUGUCCCUUGUGCUUUGGAACGAACUUUGUCCCGAGUUUUACCAGCGACUGAAUGUUGGCACAGUGUUGUACCUUCAAAAUUACACUCUGAAACAGAGUUAUUCAAACCGGUCACGCCCCCAAAUGGACCACCAUAGAAUGAAGACCUUUAACUCUGUCGAAAUCUGCCUGAACCCUCGCAACCCAGCUUCAGUCAUCACCGUGGUCUCACCAAAGAGCAUACUUCCUCAGUGGGGACUGCCUGACAUUUCCUACCAGUUCACUGCUCGGUCAGAGUUGGAGAAGCUGGCCAACAAUUCAGCAUGUGAUAUAAUUGGUUUGGUAACAUUUGUUGGCCGUGUUGAAAGGGUGAAGAGUAAAGGGAAAGGUCCAGAAAAGUACUGGACGUAUCGCUGGGUACAUGCAGUGGAUGGAACAUCUGACCAUCCUUUUAUUCUGGAGCUUUUUUCCACUUCUCAAGCAGAAAUCUUCAGUCAUAUUUGUCCGAUGACCUACUUGGUUUGCACUCAGAUGAGGGUUUGUCAUGUGGAAGGCUCGUUGCCGUACCUCACAAGCAGCUGUGAGACUGAGACGUUCAUCACAGGUUACCAUAAAGGUCAGCCGUACGUGAAUGACCCCAGAGUGAAGAGCUUCAUCCAGUGGACCAAGACUCUGAAGGACAAUGUUGUCCUCCAGAAAACAGCUGUUGGUGGCUAUUACCGCUACCCUCGCCCCCCAGCGAUGUUUACACAGUCAAUGGCUGAUGCUCAAGUUCCUCUGGUUGCUGCAGCUGAUUUGAAGAGAGAGUUAGAAACCCUGCAGUACAGAGAACACAAGAAACUCGCAAUCCAAGGGCAGAUCGCAGCAGUGCAGUACAUGGAAACUCCAGAGCCACAGGGACUAAAAGACAAAGAGGUGCCCAGUGCUUCCACUGAUGUGUGUGAUCAAACUGUGACGUACCCCAGUCAUUCCUCAACAACAAAGCAGACUUUUGUGGAGAGUUUAACGUCUCACUGUACUGACAGCAGCUCUGAGAGCAGAAGGAAAAGAAGAAUUCAAAUAAGUAAAACCACACAAUCCUCCUUGAAUUGCGGUAACAUUCCAGCUAAAAGGAACGCUGGACGUAAAAAUACAAACGAGGGUGAAGAGCAGGCGGAAGAAGAGAGCAACUCUGCAUUUGAGGAAGUUCAACAAGUGGGACUGAGUCUGCAAGCGGAAAAUCCAAAUCCAGACUCUAACGAUUUAUCAUGGGAAAGCAGCAGCUGGGUGAGGCAACAACAAGAAGUGUCCGAGCAUUUGUGUAAAAGCGGCAUUAAUAAGCAGAUAGCUGUUGAUGCUGUGUAUAUUCCUGUUGUUAGCUCCAGCGAGCCACAGGCUGUGGGCCUUCCUCAGGAUCCACAUGGCAACACGAUGCUGUCCUGCCUUUCAUCUGGUUUCCUCUGUCCUCUCAGCAACACUGCCAACAACAGCGAAGAGACUCUUCCCAGGCCAGAGGAAAUCUUGGCAACUGCCAGUGAGCUUGAAGACACACAUGUCGUGUGCAUCCUUGACCUUUGUCACCUGGGUGGAGAUAAGGUGGAAGUCAUGAUCAGCAAGGUGUACAGGCUGACGGAGGUUUCUCUUGACUAG